AUGCCACUACCAAAUUCCAGAAGUCUAGCAUUAAAAGAAAUUAUUAAAGAUCUCCAAAAAAAUAGCUCAACAAAUAGCGAAGUAGAAAAAGAAAAUUUAUUACCAGUAAGCCCAACCGACCAGAAAGAACCGAUAGAAAAUCAAGUUGUACCUUCUACUUCAAAAAGAAACAUACCUUUAAAUGAACGUGCUUAUAAUGUACACCAAAGUUUACGUGAUAAAGGAUCGUCCUACUCUUCCGAUCAAAAGUCUGAUCAAGAUUUUUCGCCUGCUUCCGAUGAUGAUAGGGAGUAUAUACCCCCAUCUAUAGCUGACAAUGGGGAAAAAAUUAAAGUUUGCAAAGUCUUUUUCAAAAAUACAUUGGGAUUAAAUGACAGACCUAUUCGCACCGUGAUUGAAAAAUUGAAUUCGUCAGGAAUCGUUGAACCAGAACUUCGAGGUAAACAUAACAAACAUCGUCAAGUACCAGUGGAAUUGUUAGAUGGAGUCCGACAGCACAUAAAUAGCAUACCUAGAAUCGAAAGUCAUUUAUUAAGGAAACAAACAAGCAGAGAAUAUAUUGAUGGAGGAAAAACACUAACCGAUUUACACACAGACUAUAAAAAUGAUUGCGAAAAGAACGGACUGCCAUAUGUUAAAAUCCACACGUACCGAAAAUUUUUUAAAGAAGAAUUUAAUAUUAGUUUUUAUAUUCCGAAGAAAGACCAAUGUGGAGACUGCAUUAAAUAUCAAAAUUCACAACCUUCAGAAAAGGAAAAGCUCGAAGAAGAACACAGAAUUCAUUUACAAGAAAAAAGAAAAAAGCCGAGUAGAAAAAUUGAAAGAUAA